CAUUUUAUCAACGAUGAAGAAAAUGCAGUGACAUCUAGCAAGUAUUUUACACAGAAUAAAUACUUUGUAAAUUGAGAAUCAUAGUAAUAAUUCAUUUAGGCAUAGAUAUAAAUUUUAAUCUAGUAAAUAAUGAUACUACAAAAUUUAUAAAAGUAAAGUGAAUAAAUUGUAUAUAUCAUAUUUCAAAUUUUUAUCUACUCUGACAUCUUUAACAAAAAAUUAUUAAAAUGAUAAUACCUAUUAAACGUGAUCAAGAUGUACAAGAGUGGGCUAUAGUGGAAUUAAAAGGUGAAUUAUCGUUUGGUACAAAAGAUAUUACAAAUAGUCAUUAUAUAGGCGAUUUUCAUUUUACAAAAUCUGGAAUUCCAAUGCUCAUAAUUGGUGUUCAUGUAAUGUAUGGAAAAGAGAUGGCUCUUACAAAACCUAUUGCAGUUUUAAAAAAAAAAGCUGUCACUUCAACCAAUCAGUCAAAAGAAGAAGAUUGCAAAACUGAAUAUACUAUUCAAGCAAUUGUAAAUAAAAAAAUUGUUUUUAAGUUUAGACCUAAGCCUAUCGUAAAUAGCAUAGAAAUAUAAAAGAAUGUUUUGAAAAUGGUCAUGCAUAAAAGAAAAUUUCUAAGAUAUUAAAUUAUUAUUUAUUUACAUAUUUUAUAAAAAUAUUGUUUUUACAUGACCUAUUAAUUCAUUAUACUUGACAUAUAUAAGGUUAUACAGACUUAUAUUUAUUUACUUUAUAAUUCAAAUAAGCAAUUAAAAAUACAAAAGUCAUAAUUGUAAA